ACUGGGGAUUCUGCUUGCUUGCUACGUCUUUUUAAUAUCUUAUUGAUGUCAUGUGUUUAUGUCUGUUGAUGCUCCUCCAUAUCACUUGAUAUGGUCUAUUGUCUGCUUUUUUUUUUUUUAUCUUUCUUUCCUGCAUCCUCUGGGUUUUGCAGGUUGCGGCGUCAUGCUUUCCACGCUUUUUCUUUUUCUACUACGAUUCAUGGCUUCCAUGAUGAUAUACCAUUUCGUCUACCCAUGCGGCAAGACCUGUCUUGUCCCUGGAAGACAGAACAGGGGCAGACAGUGUCCGUCGCCUCUUUUUGCAUGUUGAUUUUGAUGUCUUUUUUUUGCAUGUGUUUAGAUUCCCCGGUCUUCUUGAUUCUUGUUCAUGUUUCUUUUCUGACGAUGUACAUGCUUCUUUUUUUUUUUUUUCUAUGGGUUUUUCUUCAUGGAUUACAUUACCCCAUACAUGUUGGUGGGAUAAUAGAAACGGGCCAUAGGCUAUUGCGCUUCCCUAUGGUUCGGUUGCAUGUCUGAUUUAUGAUUAUUAUUGAUUUUAGUAACAUAGAUCAUUGAUUUCAAUUCUAUACUAUGCUAUCUU